ACGAGUAGCACCUCGAACUCUAGUGUUGCAAACUUAUCAACCGUUGCGUCGUCAAGUGUCUCGGCCUCCAGUUUUAUGAAGAGUAACUCGACAACUUCCUCUACUAACGUGUCAGCCAGUGCGUCAUCAAGUGUCUUGGUAUCUACCCUCCCACGUUUGACGAGCACCUCCUCUGCGUUUACAUCUGUAACUGUUGUACCUGGUGCUUUUCCAAGUGUCUCGGCUUUUACCCCGGCCAAUGUGGCACCCAGUAACUCGACCUUUACGUCAGGUAACUUGGCACUGUAGUGCCUCGCCAAAUCUCUCGACGUUUCCAUCUUUCCAUUUGACGCCGUUAACCCCGACCUCUAUCUCAGGUAACCUGUCAACUAGUGCAUCACCAAUCGUCUGGGCAUUAACCUCGAACAGUUUCAAGAACAGCAACUCUAAGUCUAUUUUUUUGAACUCGUUAAGCAGUGUGCUGCUAAGUGUCUCAACCUCUACAUUCAUUAGUUUGACUCCUAUUAGCUCAAUUUCUACCUCAGCUAUUAUGUCAGACAGUGUCUCACUUAGUGUCUCGGCCUUUACCCCGACCAGUAUGACGCCCAGUCCUUUGACUUCUACUGCUUAUCUGUCAACCAGUGUGACACCAAAUGUCCUGGCUUCCACUCUCAUAAGUAUUAGGUCCAAUGAUUCUACCUUUACCUCUUCUAACUUGUCAACCAGUAUGUCGUUAAGUGCCUCGGGCUCUGCUCCGACAAGUUCCAUGCCAAGUUAUUUGGCUUUUUCGCCUAACUUAUCAACUGAGACGUCGUCAAUUGUCGCGGUCUCUAACACGACGAUUAUCGCACCCAGUACCUCGGUUACUUCCUCUGCCACCUUGUCAGGCAGAAAGUCGUCAAUCAUCUUGGUCUCUACCCCGGUAAUUGUUGCACUCAGUAACUCUACCUCCAACGCCUAUAACUUGUCAACCAGUGAGUGAUUGAACCUCUACGUCUGCUAAGUUAUCAACCAGGUGGGUGCCAAGUGUCUUGGACUCUUCUCCUGCCAGUGUCAUGACCAGUAACUCGAUCACUAAUUCUUCUAACUUCCCAGCAAGUGCAAUACCAAGUGCUUCGGCGUUUACUAAGGCUAUUGUGACGCUCCGUUUCUAGAAUUCUACUUCUGCUAUCUCGCCAUCAAGUGGUUUCUCUCUAAGUGUCUCGGCAUUCAUCCUGACAAGUUUAACGCCCAGUGACUCUACCUCGACCUCUGCUAACUUUUCACCUAGAGGGUACACAACUGUCACGGAUGGAAAAGGUAAUUUCGAAAACACCUUUAAAAAUAAUCGUGUGUUUUCUCUGUCGGUGUUGUUUAAGGAAUGGGUUCAUUAUAUCUGUUUAGGUCAAAAACAGAAAAAAGAUGCCGUUUCAAGUUUAUCCAAAUAGGUGUGUUUAUGGGGCCUCGGAUUCAAAUAUUUUAUCCUAAGAACCCUUCAUUCAUACUUAUGUGCUGAGUUCAUGUUUCAUUCUCAAAACGUAAACCAUAAUGAUUCUGGUAUUUUAUGUAGAACAAACUAGACCUUAUCAAGUGAAACUUUACCGGGCUGUUUAAGGGUAAAUAAAAUUUAAGCAAAAAUUAUGCGCCAAUGACAUCAUAGCCAAUAACAUGACGGCUUAACUGACAGACGGCCAAUGACAUCGCGACUUAAUUGACCAAUCAGGUCAAUAAGCAGAGUUUGGUACCAUCAACUGACAUGAUACAACUUACUUUGACUCUGAAGAUGACUACCUCAAGGUUUUCGAAACAUCAGUCACUGUGAACGAAAGUCCUAUUCAGGACUACGUUCACCGGGAUCUUAUAAACGAGGAAGUGUUGGGUCUUACUCCCAGUUGCCUCAGUUGCCUUUCUGUUCUUCCUUUCUCUGAAAAUAACUAAAACGAACUGUUUAAAUCGCAAAUUUAGGAAAUCGUAGGAAAAUGACAGCUGAAAAUACAUUUCUUUUUAGCGUGGCUUGUUUUAAAAGGUAAAAUCUACGUUUUAUGGUCCUUUACAAUUGGUUUUAGUAAACAAGGUGUAGGUGUUUUUUAGUGCUGGCCAACUUUUAGUUGGAUCAUGACGAGGUUUUAUUUAACAUACUAAACUCUGAUCGAAAGAGGCUAAUUAAUGUCGCUCAGUGGUUGCCAGAGUAAGAAAAUAAAAACAAUUUCAAAAUCACAAGCUUUUCAAAGACAGCUGUAGGUAAGUAUCUAAGCUCCGACAAUAAGUACGACAAAGAAGAGAGCGCUUUCCGUUUUCGUAUUCGUAGUUUCAUUCGAAAACAGAUCAUGAAAAGAAAUGUGUUAAAAUGUUGUAUUUAUUUACUUACAAUCGUUUUCUAAGCUUCAUUUAUCAAAUAGCAAAAACACAGUCUCAGUGCCCAUCUGUACCAUAGUACAAGUAAUGCUCUGAGAUUGCACAACGAUUUCACACUAAAGGCGCUACUAUUUUCAAAUGUAUAUACCAAUAAAAUAUAGUUAAAUAUAAUCAUCAGUAAUCCAUGUGGUAUUAUGGAUAGCAAGCUGUGAAGGUAACAGAAGUUCGAAUGGGAAAGUUUUGCCUUACAAAAUACUCGAUCGAGCCCCACUAAAUACAAAAUUAUAUAGGGUCAACAAAACAAAAUUACGCACUUUUAAGUAAAAGAAAGACCCACAACUCAAACAAACAAACGAAAUACCCACUAACGUCUUAAGUUGCAAACGCUUUCUAAUCCAAACAAAACACUGCUCAACAAACAUUUCAAAUAAGGAUGUAGUUUCACAACAAAAUUGAUUCCUUCUAAAUACCUAACGAGGGAGAAAGCAGCAUAAACUAAAACGCUAAAACCCUUAAACCAACAGAUGUCAACAGUGACUCGGCCUCCACCUCUCCUACCGUGUCAGGCAGUGUGUCGACCAAUGCUUCGACCUCCACAUCGGCCAGUGUGUCGCCAAGUAUCUCGGCCUCCACCUCUGCUAGUCUCUCAGCCAGUGCGUCGACCAGUGCCUCGACCUCCACAUCGACCAGUGUAUCACCAAGUGUCCCGGCCUCCAUCUCUGCUAGCGUGUCAGCCAGUGUGUCAACAAGUGUCACUGCCUCAACCUCUGCUAGCGUACCAGCCACUGUGUCAACCAGUGACUCGGCCUCCAUCUCUGCUAGCGUUUCAGCCAGUGUGUCAAACAGUGUUUCACUCUCCACAUCGCCCAGUGUGUCGCCAAGUGUCUCUGCCUCAACCUCUCCUAGCCUGUCAGCCAGUGUGUCGACCAGUGACUCGGCCUCCACAUCGCCCAGUGUCUCUUCAAGUAUCUCGGCCUCAACCUCUGCUAGUGUGUCAGCCAAUGUGUCGACAAGUACCUCGGCCUCCACAUCGCCCAGUGUCUCCCCAGGUAUCUCGGCCUCAACCUCUGCUACUGUGUCAGCCAGUGUUUCGAGCAGUGACUCGGCCUCUACAUCGCCCAGUGUGACGGCAAGUGUAUCCGCCUCCAUCCCUGCUAGUGUUUCAGCUAGUGUAUCAAGCAGUGCCUCGAGCUCCGGAUCGACCAGUGCGUCGCCAAGUAUCUCGGCCUCAACCUCUGUUAGUCUCUCACGAAGUGUUUCGAGAAGUGCCUCGGCAUUCACAUCGACCAGUGUAUCCCCGAGUAUCUCGGCCUCAACCUCUGCUACUCUGACAGCCAGUAAGUCAAACAGUGCCUCGGCCUCGACAUCGACCAGUGUAUCACCAAGUGUCUCGGCCUCCACCUCUGCUAGCGUGUCAGCCAGUGUGUCGACAAAUGCGUCAGCUUCCAUCUCUACAGGCGUGUCCGAAAGUGUGUCGACCAGUGCCUCAGCCACCACAUCGCCCAGUGUGUCACCAGGUGUCUCUGCCUCAAUCUCUGCUAGCGUAUCAGCCAGAGUGUCGACCAGUACCUCGGCCUCUGCAUCGCCCGGUGUCUCGCCAAGUACCUCGGCCUCAACCUCUGCUAGUGUGUCAGCCAGUGUGUCGACCAGUGUGUCGGCCUCUACAUCGCCCAGUCUGUCGGCAAGUGUAUCCGCCUUCACAUCUGCUAGCGUGUCAGCCAGUGCGUCGAGCAGUGCUUCAGCCUCCACAUCGACCAGUGUGUCUCCAAGUAUCUCGGCCUCUUCCUCGGCUAGUCUCUCAGACAGUGUGUUGAGCAGUACCUCGACCUUCACAUCAACCAUUGUGUCGCCAAAUACCUCGGCCUCAACCUCUGCUAGUGUGUCAGCCAGUGUGUCGACCAGUGACUCGGUCUCUACAUCGCCCAGUGUUUCGGCAAGUGUAUCCGCCUCCACUUCUGCUAGCGUGUCAGCCAGUGUGUCCACCAGUGUCUCGGCCUCCACCUCUAAUAGCGUUUCAGCCAGUGUGUCUAACAGUGUUUCGCUCUCCUUAUCGCCCAGUGUGUCGCCAAGUGUCUCUGCCACAACCUCUGCUAGUCUGUCAGCCAGUGUGUCGACAAGCGCCUCAGCGUCGACAGCGACCAGUGUAUCACCAAGUUUCUCGGCCUCAACCUCUGCUAGUGUGUCAGCCAGUGCUUCCAGCAGUGACUCGGCCUCUACAUCCCCCAGUGUCUCGGCAAGUAUAUCUGCCUCCAUCUCUGCUACAGUUUCAGGCAGUGUAUCAAGCAGUGCCUCGGUCUUCACAUCGACCAGUGUAUCCCCAAGUAUCUCGGCCUCAACGUCUAUUAGUGUGUCAGCCAGUAUCUCGACCAGUGCCUUACCCUCCACAACGCCUAGUGUGUCGCCAAGUAUCUCGUCCUCAACCUCUGCUACUCUGACAGCCAGUUUGUCGACCAGUGCCUCGGCUUCGACGUCGACCAGUCUAUCACCAAGUGUCUCGGCCUCAACCUCUUUUAGCGUGUCAUUCAGUGUGUCGACCAGUGCGUCAGCCUCCACCUCUGUUAGCGUAUCAGCCAGUAUGUCGACCAGUUCCUCGAUCUCCCCAUCGACCAGUCUAUUGCCAAGUGUCUUUGCCUCCACCUUUGCUAGCCUGUCAGCCAGUGUGUCGACCAGUGUUUUGGCCUCCAACUCUCCUACCGUGUCAGCCAGUGUGUCGACCAAUGCUUCGACCUCCACAUCGGCCAGUGUGUCGCCAAGUAUCUCGGCCUCCACCUCUGCUAGUCUCUCAGCCAGUGCGUCGACCAGUGCCUCGACCUCCACAUCGACCAGUGUAUCACCAAGUGUCGCGGCCUCCAUCUCUGCUAGCGUGUCAGCCAGUGUGUCAACAAGUGUCACUGCCUCAACCUCUGCUAACGUACCAGCCACUGUGUCAACCAGUGACUCGGCCUCCAUCUCUGCUAGCGUUUCAGCCAGUGUGUCAAACAGUGUUUCACUCUCCACAUCGCCCAGUGUGUCGCCAAGUGUCUCUGCCUCAACCUCUCCUAGCCUGUCAGCCAGUGUGUCGACCAGUGACUCGGCCUCCACAUCGCCCAGUGUCUCUUCAAGUAUCUCGGCCUCAACCUCCGCUAGUGUGUCAGCCAAUGUGUCGACAAGUACCUCGGCCUCCACAUCGCCCAGUGUCUCCCCAGGUAUCUCGGCCUCAACCUCUGCUACUGUGUCAGCCAGUGUUUCGAGCAGUGACUCGGCCUCUACAUCGCCCAGUGUGACGGCAAGUGUAUCCACCUCCAUCCCUGCUAGUGUUUCAGCUAGUGUAUCUAGCAGUGCCUCAAGCUCCGGAUCGACCAGUGCGUCGCCAAGUAUCUCGGCCUCAACCUCUGUUAGUCUCUCACGAAGUGUUUCGAGAAGUGCCUCGGCAUUCACAUCGACCAGUGUAUCCCCGAGUAUCUCGGCCUCAACCUCUGCUACUCUGACGGCCAGUGUGUCAAACAGUGCCUCGGCCUCGACAUCGACCAGUGUAUCACCAAGUGUCUCGGCCUCCACCUCUGCUAGCGUGUCAGCCAGUGUGUCGACAAGUGCAUCAGCUUCCAUCUCUACAGGCGUGUCCGAAAGUGUGUCGACCAGUGCCUCAGCCACCACAUCGCCCAGUGUGUCACCAGGUGUCUCUGCCUCAGUCUCUGCUAGCGUGUCAGCCAGAGUGUCGAUCAGUACCUCGGCCUCCGCAUCGCCCGGUGUCUCGCCAAGUACCUCGGCCUCCGCAUCGCCCGGUGUCUCGCCAAGUACCUCGGCCUCAACCUCUGCUAUUGUGUCAGCCAGUGUGUCGGCCUCUACAUCGCCCAGCCUAUCGGCAAGUGUAUCCGCCUUCACAUCUACUAGCGUGUCAGCCAGUGCGUCGAGGAGUGCUUCAGCCUCCACAUCGACCAGUGUGUCUCUAAGUAUCUCGGCCUCUUCCUCAGCUAGUCUCUCAGAGAGUGUGUUGAGCAGUGCCUCGGCCUUCACAUCGACCAGUGUAUCGCCAAAUGCCUCGGCCUCAACCUCUUCUAGUGUGUCAGCCAGUGUGUCGACCGGUGACUCGACCUCUACAUUGCCCAGUGUUUCGGCAAGUGUAUCCGCCUCCACUUCUGCUAGCGUGUCAACCAGUGUGUUUACCAGUUUCUUGGCCUCCACCUCUAAUAGCGUUUCAGCCAGUGUGUCUAACAGUGUUUCGCUCUCCUUAUCGCCCAGUGUGUCGCCAAGUGUCUCUACCGCAACCUCUGCUAGUCUGUCGGCCAGUAUGUCGACCAGCGUCUCGGCGUCAACAGCGACCAGUGUAUCACCAAGUUUCUCGGCCUCAACCUCUGCUAGUGUGUCAGCCAGUGCUUCCAGCAGUGACUCGGCCUCUACAUCCCCCAGUGUCUCGGCAAGUAUAUCUGCCUCCAUCUCUGCUACAGUUUCAGGCAGUGUAUCAAGCAGUGCCUCGGGCUCCAGAUCGACCAGUGUGUCGCCAAGUAUCUCGGCCUCAACCUCUGCUACUUUCUCACGAAGUGCUUCGAGCAGUGCCUCGGUCUUCACAUCGACCAGUGUAUCCCCAAGUAUCUCGCCCUCAACGUCUAUUAGUGUGUCAGCCAGUGUCUUGACUAGUGCCUCACCCUCCACAACGCCCAGUGUGUCGCCAAGUAUCUCGGCCUCAACCUCUGCUACUCUGACAGCCAGUUUGUCGACCAGUGCCUCGGCUUCGACAUCGACCAGUGUAUCACCAAGAGUCUCGGCCUCAACCUCUUUUAGCGUGUCAUUCAGUGUGUCGACCGGUGCGUCAGCCUCCACCUCCGUUAGCGUAUCAGCCAGUAUGUCGACCAGUUCCUCGAUCUCCCCAUCGACCAGUCUAUUGCCAAGUGUCUCUGCCUCCACCUUUGCUAGCCUGUCAGCCAGUGUGUCGACCAGUGUUUUGGCCUCCAACUCUGCUAGCGUGUCAGCUAGUGUGUCGAUUAGUGCCUCGAUCUCGACAUCGCCCAGUUUUUCGCCAAGUUUCUCUGCCUUUACCUCUGCUAGCGUGUCAGCCAGUUUUUCAUUUAGUCAAAGCAUUUCUAUAACUGCUAGUUCAAGGAUUUUACCUUCAACUCCCAGUAAGAGCUGGUAUUUGUUUUUUUAUUAUGUUGUGUUUUGGAUGUGUUGCCUUAGACACAAUUGACCACGUAAUUGUCAUCUAUAAUUUUGUCAAAUAUGACCUGGUCUGAAAUGUAGUCAGUUGUUUUCCUUCCUACCUUUUUUCUAGGAUUCUAGAAUGUUGCUUUAAUGGCCAUCCAUUUUCCCCUUGUGAAAUAUCUUACUGUUUUCUUUAAGUUUUUUUAUUGGUUCAUGACCUCUUCUUAUUUGCCAAACUAUUUUAACAAGUGCAUUGCUGGAAUGUAUGUGGAUGUCAGUAGUAUCGGCUUUUUAUCCACUAUGAUCUAAAACAAUGAUCAUCACUUAGGUAGUCAACGUUAACUCUUGGCUAAGAGCUAACAAGUGUAACCUUAAUAUAUAUUCCAUCAGUGCACAUAUCGAGAGCAACGAAGUCAAGAGUUGUCUUUCAAAGUCUCUUGGACUAACAAUUGACGAGACCCUCUCCUUGUGCGAGCAUAUCAUAAAUAUUUUAAAAAAGAUUGUCAGGAAUCAGCGCCUUGAAACGUUGGAGACCAAACAAUCAUUUACGCAUUCUCGGCAGCAAAAAUAAAUAAGACCUUACUUGAUCCCCAUUUUAUGUACUGCUACAGUGUAUGGUAUGGUCUCAUCGACACUUUGAACGAUAAACUUCAAAAAUUAUAAAACUGCGAGGCUACCGUAAUUGCCAAAUUUAGAUAUGACGCUAGUAUAGAUCCUUUUCUUGCUUUGAUGUGAUAGGGUUCAGUUAUUUGACCAAAGAAAGGGCGGUUAUCAUGUUCAAAACGCUAAAGAAGCAAAUGUCCCCCCCCCCCCCCCACACACACACACACACACACACACACAUUUACGAUAUGUUCUCUGCUCGUGACAUUUUUUUUACAAUAUCUGUCACUCUGAGAACAUCGUGCAAGUUUCCAAACCAAGCAGUAGCUUUCUUAAGCUCAGUUGUUUGUAUUCAGGGGCUGCUCUUUGGGAUGGACUACCAUCAGUCAGGAUUACGAAGCCAUUAAACCUUACAAGGUUUAAAGAUGGAAUAAAUGUCUAUCAUUCAUCAAUGGGUACCCACACGGCAAAAACGAAAACUAGAAUUUUAGGUUUUCAUUAUCUUCAAAUAUUGAUGUUUUUAACCGUAUCUAAAUGGAGUACUUCUACGUCCAUGUCUAUGCACCCGCAAUUGGCGAGUUAUAUUUUAACAGAAAAGCCCCACUAUAGCAGAUUGGAACAAAAAAGAUAGUUGAAGUAAUCUUAAAAUAGGAUUAUUGGAGAUUGUAGGUCUACAACAUAUUUACUUAUUCAUAUUUACAUAUUUACUAUUGUUGAGACGUUGUGCAUGGUGAAAUUGUUUAUCAACCAGCCUAAUGAAAAGUGUGGUUUAAGCCUUCAUAGAAGGAAAGCUAAAUGUCACACGAAGCACACUCGCUUAAAGUUAAAAUUGCCUUUUUAUUGCACUUUUUCUUUCUCCUUUUAAGCAAUUGCACCUGCGAGCAAUCUUUUUCCGUUUGGGCCACCGGAGAAUGAUGCUGAGCUCAUAGCGGAACCAUCUUGUAAUGACGAAGUGAUCUGCCAAAGUAUUAGAGCGGGCCGUUUUGGAUUUGAAUUCUUCCAGAGGAGACGUUUCAGACUGAAUGUAGGUAUCGGUCUAAUUGUUAUUGCUGUCUAAAGGGCUGCAGGGGUCUUGGAUUUUGGGCCCCUCCUUUUUCUAUAUAUCCUACUUCAAGGUUUUUACUACGUUUCCUUCAUGUGUUCAGAUUUUUCUUCAUAUUUGUAUCUAAUUUUAUACACAAAUAAACAAGACACGUCUCUCUUAGUACCGGGAAAAAAAGCCAAACGGCAUCUUUGUAGCUUUCGAUAAGCUAGGGGACUGUUAAGUGCUUUAAUUGACUUGUUUCUUAAAACAGAUAAAGAAACAGACGGUUAUAACUGGAGCAAAAAUCCCACUUGUCAAACUAUUUACAAAGAGGAUAUCUUACAUAUCCGCGCGGAGAUACGAAAUUUCUUCUUGAGUCUUAAGCGAACGAGUGAAAUAUUCUCGAUUACUCAAAGAGAAUAUUCGUAUCUCCAAGCGGCCAUGUAUUGUUCUAUUUUUUAUACAAACACCAAUGAGAUACCAAGCUAUUUCGCUUUGAUAUCAUUUGGCCGCGAAAGGUGCGGUUUAUUAUGUAGCCAUGGCAACGGUGAUCUUUACAAGUCUGAAGAUCAGUAUCAAGUUUUCGCGCUAAAGCUCACCUGGUAUUUCAUUAGUGGUUAUGUAACAAUUCACAGUCUUUUACUUUAGAUAUUUAAACACAGUGAUGUUAAUACAAUUCCUAUCGACGCCCAAAAAUUUCAUAAUAGCUUCUUCGAAAAUCACAUACUCUUAGACAAAACUAAACCUUAUUCUAUUCAAAUCGACAUCAAUUUAUAUAACAAUUAAAUUCGCCUAAAAUAUCACUCAUGGGUAUCACUUCUCCUGCUUUGCUAGAUAUGUUUCAAUGGUAAAAUCCAGUUUAACGAAAGAUGGAGUGUGCGGUGGCCCCAGAAGUUUGGUAUUUACAGAUGGCUUCGUUCAAAUGCAUUCAUUGCACCAUUCUGGGCCAGGGUGGAACAUAGAGCAUUUAACACAGGAAUUUCCAAGGUUUAUCAUCACGCUUACGAGCAAAGCAACCAGAAAACGGAUCAAACAAGUAACAUACUCCGUCUGGCCUCACGUUAUGUUCAGAAUUACACUAACGAUGAAAAAUUUAGAAACUUUGAAGCCACUUGGGUUCUGGUCGUCACUUGGGUAAAUGUCUGCCCUUACGACGAAUGUACAGAACGUUGUAGUUUGGUAAGUUAUGAUUUUCACAUUAAUUACAUUUUUCAGACCUUUUUCUUACGCACUGUCAUUCUUUGGAACAAACGCUAGCUUUUGGGUCGGUGGUUUGACCGUUUUUCAUGCCUAUUUUAGAUGCUCCAAACAGUAAGCUCUUUAAUUCAGCAACUUUAGAUUGAUGAUUAGUUUUCGAAUACACCUUGUCACGGUUUUCGUAUAAGAAUCUAAUGUCGAAUAAUUUCCGUAAAACGGCUUUUCUGAAAAAAAUAUGAAUUUUUUAACGAAAGAUUCACUCCUAACGGUCCUACCGAUAAAAAUUGAGGGUGUUAUAUGCAGCUGCAUGCGCUAGAACAACUUUUGUAUUCUUUUUUGUCUGUAAACAUUUUUCUUCCUUUGGACUAACAUUUCCCGGGAAAAACUGCAGGCAAAUAUAUGGAAAAUCUAAUACAAGCGUCUGGAGAAAUUUAAGCACAUUUACGACCCCAAAAUUUGUUAGUAAAAUCCUUUGCUGUAGCUUUAGUUUACAGUUCAGUUUUUUUUUUUCAGAACAGCUGUUUUACUCAAAUUAUUCGACAUUACAUUCUCCUCAUACAAACACUGUAAUUUCUCAAGCGGUUACCUACUCGUCAAGAUGGCUUUCAAAACCGUGACAAGGACUUUAAAACUUCGCUCGCUGUACUACAUUAAUAUUGAUUGAUUGCUUUGUUAGUCCUGUACUAGUCUGCAAAUAGCGCCGUCUCUCCUUGUUCUUUCGUCGCUGCAGAUAUGUUCCGCGCACGAAGGACUAGCGUCUUCGCCAUUUUCUAUACCAGGUGUUGGAUCUAUUUUAUUGGCGGGAAAAUGGUAACGUGAGAAACAAGACAAACUUAGUUGAAUGGGAAGCGCUUGUUGAUUGGGUGGGGAUUAAGUGCACUAUUUUGAAAGACAUUUUUUGCCACAAUUCUUUUUGACCUUAUGCCUUCGUUUGGUGAACAUAGAGACUUCAGAUUGCCAUGUUUUUUGGGUGGAAUGAUUGGCGAGAUUAAAAUAGCGACCACGUCUUAGAAGUUUUUUUUAUUAUCAUUUUUCAAAUAUCCUCAACAUAUUUCCAACAUGAUCGUGGAAACAGUGACAAGAUCCUUGUCCCGUUUCGCCCAUAACUGGCAGGGGGAGUAGCGUGCAGGUCAUGCAAUUGACGGCUUGUGUUAAAAUUCAUCGCCAGUUUCAUUUCAGUUUCAGAAUGGCAUUUACUAGAUAAUUCGUCUUAUAAUUUGUGACUAUACCUUCCAGUUUUUUUUAAAUAAAGUAUUCCGGGGGGGAGGAGGAGGAUACUCAACAAAGAUUUAUACAGGAAGGCUCCGCCCUGAGGUCCAAGCCUUACCUUUCAAUAUUCUAUUUUUGACAACAAAGGUGCCCCUUUCUUAUACUGUAAUAACCCGCAACUAAGAACCUGUUUUGUAAGAACAUGUUAGACUAAAAGUCGUCAAUUAGUCCCUCUCCAUACCAGAACCUGUUUAGCCUAAAUUUGAAACAGGUUUUUAUUUUCUAAAAUCUAUAUCAAAAAAAAUUCUGCACGCUUGGGAAAAUAAGAUAAGUCAACAUUCAGAGUCCUCUUUGCAGACAUAAAUGUCCUGAUGAUCACUCCCACUACAAUGUAUUGGAUGCAGAUUUCAUAUAAGCAAUAAGCUGAAUAUAAGACUAAAUACUCUUAGCCUCAACGUGCUUUUUCUUCAGAAAAUAAGAAGCAAUUUAAGAACCUACAUGGCCUAAAUUUGUUCUAAUUACCAUUUAUGUAAGAACCUGCUUAUGCUAACUUGGGAAAAUGCGGCUAUUAAUCGUACUUACUGUCGUUAUUAGUCGUUUUUAUUGUACUUGCCAUUGACAAAUGUUACGCCAUUCACAUACCUAGUUUAGAACUUUGCAUCCCUUUUAUCUGCUGUAAAAUUCACUGAAUAAGUAAAUACGAAUAAUCACUAAACAGGACGUUUUCUCGGCUUUUUCGCAAUUAUAAAAUGCAUCUGUUGGCCCAUUUGGGCCUAUUUACAGACCGACAUGACAGACCAGUUCUAUCACUUCAUAUACUUCAAUUGAUGAAAUCCCUACGCUUUGAUAUUUACCCGAAGACUGACAAAGGUACCCCUUUCGAGCGUAGCCUCCCCGUUUUAAAAUAAUCUUGCUUAAGCUUGCUUGUCGGCCCCCACUCAUUUUCUGAGUGCAGAGUGACUGAAUGAGUGUUUGAAAGUGUGAUUGCCUAUGGGUUCUUUUUAACUUGCUAGCACAGUUUAAUUGAAUCCAGUCAGUUAAGUCUUACGAGAUCAUUGGUUCGAAUUCCGUUGAAGUCCCGGAAUUCUUUUCGGAUUUAUUUGCCAUUGCUUAAAUUGCAAUUACCACUGUGACAGUCAUAUCUCCGUUAAAAAAUUGUAUUUUCGCAGUUCACAUCAUCUUCAUGUAACAUUUAACUUGCUACAAAGUUGUUUACAGUUUAUUAAAUCUUCCUAGCUCUACAUUGUUUAUAGGGAUGUCAAGACGUCGAAAAUGCCCGAACCUUUGGACAAAACCACUGCCCUUAGCUAUGAACAGGUUAAAGAUUUAUCGCUGUACCACUGGCUAAAAUAAUGUCCUGGCUUUUAUGUUUUGUAGAGGAACACUUUUCAAGCAGUCAUCAUAACAGACUGGGGUAAUACGUUUCUCAUGUACAACUACCCUUCAGGAGGAAUCGAGUGGACAGUUAAUGCUCCUGUGUAAGACAUACAUACAUGUAUAAAGAUCAAAGGCCUAGGCCAAACGUCGAACUUUUCAUGAGACGAACCAAACUUAGUGAAAAAUUCGACGUCUGGCUCAGUUAAUUUCGUCUGAAUGAGUUUGGAUCGCCCAACACGUUCUGUCCGUCUGCUUCCUCUGGAUAGAACGUCUGAAGACCAUCUCCGGGACAAACGUUGAUCUUCACAUGCAACGAACUAGACUAGUAAAGUAAAUGCUAUUUAACCUCGUUCGGGAGAAAAUUUAUUAGCAUUGCUUUUUGGUCUGAUUCAGUUGAUUGGUUCGACGCGUUCUAAGUUCGAAGUCUGACCGGACAGACGAUCGUCACUUAAUUUAGUUCGACCCAAACUAAAAUUUGGUUCGUCUCAUGAAAGUUCGACGUUCUAAGCCGGACGUCGAACUUUCAUGAGACGCCUUACACAUCACUAGGUUACUGCUGUUAAGUGAGCUUGAAAUGUUUAGAGGGAGCACUUCUUUGUUGUUAUUUUUGUGGCUUUUAGGCUGUUUUUAGUGUCUUUGUGGGACUUUGGUGCCUUCCUGCUCUGGGUUGCUAGGUUUUGUUUUAAUAUUAAAAUACUUUUUAAUUCAGUUUAAACGUUGGAUCAAUUCAUAUUCAAUAGUCAAAGAAAUGUAAUAAUAUACACUUAAUGUCAGAUAACGAGGGAAACAGUUUUUGUUUUCGCGAGAGUCCUGAUGUUGGAAAAAUCAGGACUCGAGGGAAAGCAAAACUAACUGGUUUCCAGAGGGACCUGACAUUAAGUGUUUUGUUAAUUAUUUCUAGACUUUCACUUCAACGUACUUCAACAGCAACAAAAGAAUACGCUUGAGCGGAGAGAAUCAAAACAGUCGACUCGCUACUUAUAAGACCAUACGGAAUGAUUUACAAAGUACUUUCCUUAUAUUAUCUGCAUCUUUUUCCUCCACUAGCUGCUGUUUCUCUUCUGGGAUAACUUUGAAAAGCGUUGCUUUUUAGCUUGAGGCUUCAAGUUGUUGUUGUGUUCAUUCACGAAAAAGAAAACUGGCAGCCAGUGGCAGGACCUGGCACUGUUUUUCCCGCCUUCUGUCACGUCACUUUCUAACAUGCUUUGAUCACGUGCUGUAAUGUAUCACGAUUGGGAUACAUUUAAGCAAUAGACCACACUUUCUAUGGGUUUACCGGCGUGAUAACCCACGCUCUUUUGGGAGAACAUGAGAAAGGCUUGUAAAUCACGAGCCGAAGUCGAGUGAUUUACAAGCUUUUUUAGUGUUCUCCCAACAUCCCAAGUCUGUUAUCACGCUGGUAAACCCAUAGAAAGUGUGGUCUAUUGCUUUUAUAAAAUAACUUUGAGUUUUCUAUGAGUUUACCUGUAUAAUAAACCAUAGGUUUUUAACCAAUCAGAACGCGCGAACUAUCGUUGUUAUUUUAUAAUUGGCAAUUAUCUUUCCUGAAGAUCUGAAUAUGCUGAAUGGACAGAUGUGUAUGGUAUUCCAGUAGCCGGAUGGAGCGCUGAAGGCAUUCACAAUCUCAACUUGGAAGGGUGAGGCGUGCUAGUUACCAUGUGGCCUGCGCCGCAGACGAAACUAAACUCUGUUUAAGUCUGUCUGUGAAACAGCGCCGAAAUCCUUCUUCUGGCCACCCACCUGUGUACUGGGAUUUGAGUACGCGCCAUAAGUAACCUGUUCAAAAUUCCAUCGUCGAUUUGCCCAUCAAGGUGAAGGAAAUUCGAAACGCUCUUUCGGUAAUUCGUUGAUUCCGUUGGGGCCCAGAACAAGGAUAUCAGCGAUGCUUCGCAGACGUUACUAACCGGGGACUUGAAUUACGCUUGCGACACAGGCUAGUUACCCUGCAGUAAAUUAUUUUUCUGUAAAAGCUCAACAGUGACAAAAUGUUAGAUAAAAAUCAACUACAGUGUACUUGUAUUUACCUGGGAGAAACUCUGUUAGAGUGGAAUCCACGGAAUGCUCUCUUUUCCUUCACGACUUGACAAUAAGUCACGACAAGGAAAUGAACGUAUCUUUCAAAAGCUCUCUUUAUUUGGAGAAACUUUCCUGUGGCAAUCUGAUUGCUUUUAAACAAAGAUUUAAUUUAUCUUUAAUUUAUUGCAAUACUUCUCAUGCCCUAUACCCUUUUGUUCAAAAUAAAGGUUCAGGUUAAUGUAUGUACUCUUUCAUAUAUAUGCAUGUAUACGUAAGCCAUACCUUUUAAAAGGGGUAGAAAAUACGGACUUCAACGAUGUUAAAAUGCUCCAUCACUGGGUCUCUAUUUGGCACAUUAUGUAUGCAAUUCUCUUCCCUUGAAAAGGAUGUACUAUCCACAUUUUCUCCAAACUUGGCACAAUUGAAACCCAUAUACAUGUGUAUAGGGCACUGUAAUAAAGAGAUGGGGUCACCAUGCUUGUUUUCGCCCUCCGUGCCCGUAAUUACCAUACUAAUGGUAUGAUGAUUCCAUGAUCCCAUACUAAUGGUAUGGGGUUUAAGGCCUGGGUCAAAGUUAUGUUCGAAGCAUAUGAAUGAUUGGCAAUAUCUCUCCCUAGAAGACCUAGAAAAAAACUAAUUUUUCCCUAAAAGUAAAUCUUGAGGUUUUCUUGUGCCUUCACGUUUACUUUUUGUCACCUGACAUGAAACGUGACCAAAAGUGAAAAUGAAGGAAAUUAGCGAAUUCAUCGUGGCGAAUUUACUUUGUUUGGAUAAACAAAUUGGCAUUUCUGAAAGAGGAUAAACAUACCAAACUAUUAUGUUUGGAAUGAAUGUACGCGAAGUUUAAUAUCAAAGUUUUAAAUAAUUCAAGAUUAAAUUUACCCUCUAAAUUUUUUAUUGAAGUGCAAUGGACGAUCAUUCCAAGCAUGAAGUGUUAGAGAUAUUUAAUAAGAAUUAGAAAAAUGCUAUCGCUCGAUUUCUAUUUUUUAAACCGGUCACCAUUUGGUCUAAAAUUAAAGAUUUUUUGGCAUAUGGUCACAUGACAUAUCACGUGACAUUACAAAUUACUUGAAAUAUUGCCAAACUCAAGCAUUAAUGACAAUAACUGCUUUAUUUACUCGAGACAGCCUUUAAAGCGCAAAGUAUAGUGGGGCCAAGCAAUGCCUGAAAUAAUAUCAACCAAACAUAAUAGGGUUAAUAGCGACAACUGACCGGAGGCAAUGCACGCAGGUUUGUGGAGGAUCUGAAGUCGGGAUUACCGUAAACAAUUCCAGCCAGCGAUCAGGGCAAGACUUGGACUGGGGGCCUCCUUUGGGCUAACCACUCGGCCACACUAUCUCCUGUUCAAUUUUUUGCUAGUUCCUGGAGUGGCUUGUUGUGUUGUGCUGUAAUAUUCAACUUUUUAGAACUUUCAUUACAAGUGUUGUAACCAAAUAAAUGUUAUUUUAAGAAAAUCAACUUUUUUGUGAUCGCUAAACAUUUGAUAGACACAAAAUAUUAUACUAUUGUUUUAUACAGGUCAGGUUCUUUGCUAGGAAUGUAUAACCUGGACAACAGGAUUGGAAAUACAGGCACGUUGGGCAGAUAUUUUUGGAGAAUAGAAAACCAGGAAAGAGACAGUGACAUAAAAAAGUGCAUCGAUUGGAUUACUUUUCAAGACGACGUGAAUUUUAGGUCUUGGUAUGCUCAGCAGUUUCGAUCUCGACGUUUUAAUCGGCGUCUGGCAUGUCCGUGCACUAUAUGGCAGGCACUUCUGGACAGGGGACGAUUCUUUCUGGACUUUUCAUACUCUUCUUCAAACUUUUGUUUUAGAUCCAGAAGUUCUAGGUUCUUUUUUCAUAUCAGUGAUGAUCUUGGCUUUGUCGUUUUCCGGAUAAGACAACUCUGCUGUUACUCGAGCCCUUUCAGUGACCUUGGUUUCCUUAUAACUGGUCCCCCCGACGGAAGUCACGUUAUAGCGGAACGACUUUUUAGCGUGAGAGAGGUUACAACAGACAAAGACGCCGAAACAUUUUGCUGUGCUGAUCCAGAUUUGUGCAAUGAAUAUUACUUUUAUCGCCCAAGUGAUGAUUGCUCUUUUUACAGACCUCGUAGGAGACGUAAGUUUUUGUUGUUGUGCUACCCCUUAUUUAGUACUAUUGGAGGCUGAAAAGAGAGUAUCGAGGUUAAUUUUUUUCGUAUCUAGAGCCUAAAAAAAUUGUUUAAAAUCUCUAGAAACUGAUGCUUAGAAGCUUCAGUGCGAUUACUAUAAUCGGGGCCACCUAGACAAAGUUGGCAAUUCGGAUUACAGGAAAAUAACAAUAUAUCAUUUAUUUCCGAGAAAGUCAAGCCCGGUUUAGACGGCGCUCUACUCAUGUGCCGAACCUAACUGAUGAAUUAACUACGGUAAAAGUGCAGCGUCUGAAUCUACAGAGAGACUCUGAGACAUUUCUAAAGCUGUUUUAUUACAAAUUAUAUUUUUUGGAGACAAUUAUAAUGUUCAAAUUUGUGAAAUGUACCAAUGUAUUUACAUCGUCAAUGUAUUUUUAGCAUAAUUCAUGCUCAAAAUGCAUUUCGCGUAUUUCCUUCACUGCCCAAAACCACGUUUACUACCAGGAGCUGUGCAGUAUCUUAAGAGCUAAAGCUUUUAAAAGGUCGAGUACUAUGUUUCUCCUCAUUUAAUCCCUUAAUAACUUGCUAUGUUGUUCCAGGUUGGUUCUGGGGUGAUCCUCAUUUUAAGACACUAGAUGGUGGGAAUUAUACGUUCAACGGCCUUGGUGAAUAUGUAAUGAUCGAUGCACGAGAUGGGGUAUUCCAAUUACAAGCUAGGACACGCCUUGCCCAACAAAAUUCAACUAAUGCCACAAUUUUCUCAGCCGGUGCUGCUAAAGAAGAAAACACAAGCAUCGUUGAAGUAAAAGUCAAGAAAGGAGGUGAGACAUGCUUUGAUACACAGGAGCAGUCAGAUUGACUGAAUGACCUGAUUAUUCUUUUCUGAUCGGUCACACUGAGGCCACAAAAUUCACACUUUGCUCACUGUGUGCUCAACGAUUCAGCCUUUUUGAAUAUCCAAAAGCUUAAUGACUUUCAAACGUUUUAUUUUUUUAGGUGGAAUCGACAUUUUGAUUGAAGAAACAAUUUACCCUAACUACGCCAACCUGACGAAUCAAACCAUAGAUGUCGGCGGAAACCUUUCUUUCUCGAAACCAGAAGCAAACUGUGUAGAGGUUUAUUUUCCCUCAACAACGUCCGUGCAGUUCUGCGAGAAACGAGAAAUGCUGUCCUUUGUGGUUACUCUUAGCGAAGAUUACAGAAACAGCACCAGCGGGUUACUGGGUACUUGGAAUGAUGAUCCUACUGACGACUUCACAUUGCCUAAUGGGACGGUAUUGUCUCCAUCUUCAACCUCAAGGGAAAUUCACUUCGACUUUGGCGUUAAAUGUGAGUUGUUAUUAUAAUUAUUAUAAUUAUUAUAAUUAUUAUUAUUAUUAUUAUUAUUAUUAUUAUUAUUAUUAUUAUUAUCUCUUCUGUCACAGUCUUUGCUGGUUUUCUUUUUGUGCAUCAUCAUACACUGAGCACCUUCCUGAGGAUUCGUGCAGACCCCAGCAUGUAGAUCUUUGGAUCUCUGUCACAGUAGCUCUCUGAUAAUUUUUUGAUGUUUUCUACCAACCCCUUCUUCACUGUACCAAGCGCACCAACAACCACAGGGGAUCACAACGGUUUUCAUAUGCCACAUUCUCUGUAUUUCUAGUUCUAGGUCUUUGUACUUGCCUUUCCUUUCCAUUUCCUUCAGUGCGAUGUUUCCAUCUGAUGGCACAGUCAGCAUCAAUCAGUUGUUAUUAUUUUAAGUCAGGAAUGAAAACAGUUUUUAAUGUUUUUAUAUUUGAUUUAAUAUUUUUCUGAUUUUUAUUACAUAUUUAUUUUUUUAUUUAGAUUAGCUACAUGGUGAUCUGUCUCGCAUGGAGUGUUCCACUCUUUUACAGAUUAUCCUUAGGGCUUUGUCUGUGCGUACAUUUAGAUUUAUUUGCCAUUAAAUUGUAAUAAAUAAAUAAAUAAUUAAAUAAAUUAUUGUCUCUUCUAUGAUAGUCUUUGCUGGUGUUCUUUUCGUGCAUCAGCCGGGCGCAAACAAUGCACCUGGAGCAUCAGUCACUCAAGUCAAUCAUUCUGUUCAUACACUGAGGACCUUUCUGAGGAUUCGCGCAGAUCCCAGCACGCAGAUCUUUUGGAUCUCUGUCACAGUAGCUCCCUCUGAUACUUUCUUGAUCUUUUCUACCAUCCCCUUCUUUACUGUACCAAGUGCACCAACAACCACAGGGAUCACAACGGUUUUCAUAUGCCACAUUGUUUGUAUUUCUAGUUCUAGGUCUUUGUACUUGCUUUUCUUUUCGAUUUCCUUCAGUGCGAUGUUUCCAUCUGAUGGAACAGUCAGCAUCAAUCAGUUGGCAGGUGGAAUUCACUGACUCUUUAACAAUGGUGUCUGGUCUGUUCCUGUUAUAGUUCUAUCAGUAUUGACUGGCAUGUCCCACAUGAUGGUUAUGUUGUUGUUGUUGUACCAUCUGUCUGUAAUCUCGAUAUCAUGAUCUUUACAGAUGCUCCAAUGGAGCAAUGGAUAUGCUGCAGCAUUAUUAUACCUGGAGAUGUACUCUGUUUAGGCUAAUACCUCACACCCAGAUAUAAUAUGGUCCACUGUCUCUUCAUGUUGCGAACACAUUUACUCUCCACUUGCUGGCCACAUAUUACAUUCUGGUAGCUUCUGGUGUUUAUUGCCUGGUCUUGAACUGCGACAAGUAGUCCCUCUGUUUCUCCUUUCAGAUUACUUAAAAACCAUUUGUAAUUAUUAUUAUUAUUGUUAUUAUUAUAUAAGAUAUACUAGUGUAAUUGCGAUUUAUUUUCUCUCUCAACUUCCGACUCCAAACCAUGGACUUUGGGAGGCAAAGAGAGUUUCUACUUGAUAGAGAGGACCCGCCUGAGAAGGUGGGCUGUAGAAAGAAGAGUUAUUUUCUGGAGUUCAUGUAUGUUGAUGUUGCCAGGGACUAUUAUUAUUAUUAGUAGUAGUAGUAGUAGUAGUAGUAGUAUUAUUAUUAUUAUUUUUAUUAUUAUUACAAGUGAUACCGGUAAAGGUAAAUUAUAAUCAUCACUAUAUGAAGCUUCGAGUUUAAACCUUAAAAUAAUUUGAUCAAAAAGGGUUAGCUUUUUCGUCUUUCUUCGGUGCUGCAUAUUUGUACGACGAAGGCACGGUUCGAGGUUGUCCGCUAUGGUGAGAAAUGACUCCAUUUGCUUUUAUUGAAAUAGAUGGAUGAAAAUUGAUCGCUCUUUUUGAUAUACAAAUCAUGUUCAGUGACGUACAAAUCAUGUCAAAGAGAAAGUAAAAUCAAUUAUUACAGCUCAUUCUUAAGUCGCGGCACGAGUCGAUUAAUAAAAUGGAUUUACAAGGAGAGAUACGAAUUGCUCUUACUGAAAAGAAAACAACAACUUAAUAACAGCCCUCAAACCACUAAGCUGAAACUUAUGUCAUGUUAGGCCCCUUUCAAACGUGGAAUUUGUUAUGAGUGCCGAGCACCUACUUUAGUCGAUGAAAGUAAUUAAAUACGGCAGUUGAUUCAGAGGUCGGAUAUGAUGGUGCCGCAUUAAACUCCGGUUGUUGUAAAUAUUCCCAGUCUCUAGGAAAUGAUAACAACGUCCAGUAUUACCAAACUAUACCGGUAGAUACGCUAUGAUACAUACCGGAUUUUUUAUAUUCAUGUAAACUUUGUUUUAGAUUUACCACAUUAUUUUACUUGCUAUAUGCACAACACUGGGGAAAAAAGAAUUUUGAAAAAAGGAAAAAAAAUACGGUUACGAAAAAUUUCCUUAACGGCAUUCGAAAUUGGACCCUCACAAUAAGACAGAAUUAAAAACUAUCACCUCUAUCCACUGGACCACCUCGGUAAACACUGACAAUUCGAGUUUAAAAGAGGUAUAUAUUCCUUCUCUAUGGUGAUUGAGAGUUUUCAAGACUGACUUUUUCGUUUUCUUUUUUUUAAUUUCCGUGUAGAAUUAAAUCUUUUCAACUGAUCGAAGCUAGAAUUAAAGCUCACAAUAAACCCAUUAAUACUCUUUCAGGCUUGAUCCAUGCCAGGAAGGUUUAAGAAAUUUAUGAACUAUAGAUCGCGCGGCUACCAACUCUCCCUGCUCGUAAGGUGUCUUUUCAUCGGUCGGGGAAAACAUUAACACAACAUUGUUCAUCAUUAUUUCCAUUGUUUUAGGUUAGGGUAGCAAACCAUUUGGCUUUUAGGGUUAGAAGAGCUGCUACAUGACCUCUCUCCCCGGAAUGAAGAAAAACAAUAUGGCCGCCAAAUACAUCCUUUUGGUUUUUAAAGUUCUCCUUUAUUAACAAACGUUGAAGAUUUAUUUCGGCAAACAAACAGUUAAGUUGAGAAAGGAUUUCAAAGUCUCAAGAGUAGUUCUCCUUUUCGAUUUUAAUUUGCAAUAUCGGUCAAUUUACGCAACUUUUAAACUUCUGGCUUAGUUUCCUUUGCUUCUGCUUUGAAAACGGAAUAAUAAUUACUCAGGGGUAAUAUAGUGUAAAGAUUUGUAGAGAAAAACAACAAAAACUGGCCAAUUUAUGGCAAAAAAAGUACUUUACAAACGAAUUAAAAUAUUCAAAACGCUCUGAUCACGUGACUGAUGACGUCAUGUCCCUCUUUUGGUUAUGAAAAAUAUUAUCAGGUAAAACAUUAAGGUGAUGUUACACGAGACGAUUUUUAGCGCAACACUCAGCGUUACAACAUUGCUGCGAAUAGUUACAACGUUGUUCCAACAUUGCAACGCUCUGUUGCGCUAAAAGUCGUCGGUGCAAAUCGUCUCGUGUAACAUCACCUUUAGUUUCCUGCAAAUUUUCUCUGCCAUGUGAUGAAACGUCAACUAUCAACAGCUCUUGGCCUGGUCCCCCGAUUUUUUCGCUCAUGUUCAUUACCCCCGGACGUAAACUGGUUAUUUUUAAAUGCCUCACACAACCAAAACCUCAAAUAUGCUAUUUGUUUUUAACUCAAUAAUGAAAUCUAGUCACAGCAACAAAAAAACCUAAUUCGGAAAUAGUCACGUGACUGAUGACGUCAUCAUCCUAGGUGUGACAUGGGAAGAUAUUUUAUGGCAAAUGUUACCUCGUUGAGGUCUGACAUUCUUCUACAUGUAAAAUUGUCAAAGUUAAAACUUUUAAUUAUAAUUUACUUUUGUGAUUAUAAUAAUAAUAAUAAUGAUUAUUAUUAUUAUUAUUAUUAUCAUUAUCAUUAUUAUUACAUAAUUAUAUACACCUGACUGAAAAAACGUUGUCGUUUAACCAUGCCCGAUGGGACCCAAUUGAUUUAUGGAUAGAACUUUAUUAGCAUUGCAAAUUUGAAGUUCUUUCCAGAAAAGUUUAUAUUAUCGAAGCUUUCCGCGCCGAUGCAUCCCAGAAAAGGUCAAGAUCAGUGUACAGUGGAACCUCGUUAAUGCGGUCACCAAUCGGUCAAAAACUUUUGGCCGUAUCACCUGGGCAGGCUCAAAUUUGAUGACUUGUUAAUAAACAAACGGAAUGUAGAUAUCGUGUUCUGCAAUUGAAAUAAACCACCUAAAAUUUUCGUUCAGUACAGAAAAUACUUUUUAAAUCCAAACAAGUGCACUUUAUGUGUUCUGUAGUCUAAAAACAGUACGAGAACAGGCUCAGAGUAGUAGGUCAAUAAAAUUGACAUGUCACAGGCAUUUUAAUUUUCUAAGUUUCGAACAAGUGGCCGUAAACAGUAGAAUCUCUGAAUCAUUAUACGUUUCUGGGAAACUGCCCACUUACCCCUUCCCUAAGCCAACAUUUUACCUUAAGUGCGAAGUAAGUGUUCUCACUCAGGGUUAAAUGUUGGCUUAGGGGAGGGGUAGGUGGGCAGUUUUCCAGAUACGUAUAAUGAUUCAGAGUUUCUACUGUUUGGAAUUUCAAAAUGUUGCGGUUGACCGUAUUAAUGGGUGAACGCAUUUUCGGAUUUUUUUAAUAAGGAAAUGCAUGGCCGCUUUGCCCGGCCGAAAAAGAGUGGCUGUAAUAACGAGGUGGCCGUAAGGCGGGGUUCCACUGUAGUUGAAGAGCGUAGCCAUAUCGCUAUCGCAGUCUUGAAAAUGAUAGAUAGGACCUAAAAGCUUUCUUGGAAGACAUAUAAAAGACAACGGCAUGCCUUAAACAAAGUACUCUUAGGAUUUGGAUCCGCACGAGCAGCUGCUGUUGAAAGAACUUUCAUUUGCUUUGCUUAUGAACAUAUACCCGUAAAUUCUUGAAGCAACAUCAUUCAUGAUUUAUGCUCAGUUUAAGCGACAACGUUUUUUCAAAGAGGUACAUAUAUAAAAUGUGACCCUCCACAGGAUUUUAAUGCUAAAGGUGAAAGCAAGCGCACGACACGCUUUCACUUUAAAACAAAAGAAUUUAUUUUAACACGCUUUAGCACGCUUGCAAUCUUGCCUCAUUAGCAAUUUCUUUUGUUUCAGAGGACACGCUUGAGACAAUUAAGCGUGAGCAAGUCGAACAAAAGAGCGUGUUAAAGUUUUCAAACAAAAGCUCCGUGCGAAAAAGCACAACACGCUUUCAGUGUGCGCAAAAGCACGCAAGGCGUGUUAUCUAUAAGCUAAAUAAAUUUCCUCUACAAAAAGGAACCGUAAAUGAUUAUGAACGGCACCCUUUUUUGGUAACUAUCGAGAAAGAAAAAGUUAUUCCUCAGCGAUCGCAGCGAUAGUAUCUGAUUGAAAAAACGUUGUCGCUUGAAAAGUAUAAAAAGUGAACGGUGUGACCUACUGGAUUUAUGGGUAGAACUAUAUUAGCAUUGCAAAAUCAAAGUACUUUCCAGAAAUGUUUACUGACGAAGCUGUGCAAAGGUUAUCUUAACUUUCCUUAAUUUAAAACACAUUUGCAAUUUUCUCAGAAACAGUGAUCUUUCGAACUUAAGACACUUUCUUGCCGAUCGCAGCAAUCGCGAUCAAAUAUAAUAGAAAUCAUCAAGUGCCAGGAUCACUAAAUUGUAUUUAUUUUUUAGCGAUUGCAAGGAUCGUAGUGAUCAAAUGAAAACCAGCCUGCUUUUCUAGAUGUACCAAAAUUCCAAAACGUUUCCAACGUUGCUUAAUUGAUCCGGCCGACAAUAACACAAAAAGCGAAACAUCAGUUAAUUAAUGACUGUUUCACCGCUUUUUGAAUAGUAAGCAAAAAAUGUAUUUUUUAACAGAAUUCCGAAAUUGUAUGGUGCUUUUUUGUUUGAUUCUUUGUUUUUGCCACGAUAAUACGGUGUGUUUAGAGUACUAAAGUUCGAUCCGAGAAUUAAAUCUCUGUCAGUCACACACUGAGAAAAGAGAAAAAGAACUAAAUUUAAAGUAGUCCGCGUGAAAUCUUUGAAGGCAAUCAUUUGUUCCAUAAAGUUCGGGCAUUGAAUUAAUUCAUCGAGCUCGAUCUAAAGGGGUGACGGUCAAGCUACUCGAAAGUGAUGUCGUUUGAAGUUAUGUCGUCCAAAACCUGAUAAUAAGAGUUUUGUCGCCCAAAAUUCAAAGAAAAGUCGCCCGCAAUCCUCCCUCAUUCUACAGUGUUUUUAGUUCAGAGAUUCUUGUUUUUUUCGUCCUGUGAAGAACGAGAUAUAGUACACGUUUACAGCGCUUGAUUCGUCUUAGCAUAGCGUAACGAGAUAUCUUCACAUAAAUUAUGAUUGAUAGCGCUUCGAAAUUACAAGGGGUUCAGCAUUAUUUUCCCGAGAAAUUUAGCUUCCAAUUGAAAGUUUUAGGAAAGUGAGAAUUUUAUCGUAUUUUCGGUUCCGAAAAUUUUAGGAUUCCUUAAUUCUCUACGAAAAAUAGCUUAACUGGGGAAUGAAAUGGAAAAAAUUAAACUUCAGAAAAUCGUAAGGAAUUUAUUAGAUAACCCUCGAAAAUUGUACAUGCAUGGAACGGUCAUCUAGAAAUGUUUAGCCUUCCUCAACCUAUAGAAAAUUCUAGGCAGUUUUUGUUUCUCCGAUUUAAUUACCUUCGUUCGUCUCAGCAUGGCUUAAAGAAAUAUAUUAAACUAAUUUAUUCAACUUCAUUUCUCUGUGCAUUACUGCUAAUAAAUAUUCCGGUGGCAUAACUAUAAUUUUCAGGCGACAUAACUUCAGUGCCUCGCAUGCGAUAGCAGGCCUCUUUGCGAUUCCAGUCAACAGCCGACAGCCGGAGGAAUUGGUUUACACUGAUCUCGCGUUAAUUCCAGGCUAGACCACCAUUAAGUCGUGAUUUUCAAAUGGCCACGGUUACUAUCAAAUUCCAAAACAGUCUCCAUUGGAUUAUUUGAUUCACUUCAACCAGUUAUCAAUGCUGAUUAAAUCCGCUGAAAACCCGAGCCAUUUUUAUCAUCUUAGCGGUUUUAGUAAUCAAGCGUGUUCAGCGUGUCUUACCCAAAUUGCACGCUAACCGUGCUAUAAUUCGCACACUUACCGUGACAUAUGGCACGCUACAAAAAAACAAAAGGUCUAGCGUGUUAAAUUUGCCAAAACAAAGGCAAGUGUGUCCGUCUUUGUUUUUUCAAUUUAAUAUGCGCAUAUCCGUGAUCUACGGCACGCUAAGCGUGUCGUGCAAGGGUGUCGUGCGCGUGCUUUCACCUUUAGCAUCAAAUUCCUGUGGAGGUUCAGCGCUACUUUCUCAAUAAACUUUAAACGUUAAUUAGUCCGGCAACUUUCUUUCUUGCCUCGUCCUCGUGUACUGAAGAAAAAAAAUCCCAUCUUUCUUGUUUAACGCUUUUAUUUUCUUUUUCUCAGGGCAAAUCAAUCAGUCUCAGUCAUUGUUUACGUAUGCUCAAAAUGAAAGCGUAGAUACCUUUGCGAAACCGGACUUUUUGCCCAUGUUCAUUGAAAACAUAACGUGGUUUAACGCAUCUGUGGAGAGAGAGGCCACGACUCGAUGUGGAGAUAACAUCGAGUGCUUAUUCGACGCUGCAGCCACCAACGACGUGUCCGUUGGACUGGUAACCAAAGAUAUAAAUACUCAGUUUGAGAACGAAACAAACAUCCUCGGUAAGUCACCCGUGGAAUUGUGUUGCUAAGUAGUGGGGGGUGGGGGGUACUACCAUAUAUGGGCUAAGUAGGAAUGUACCGCUCCAUAGGGUGUGGCUUUGGAGGGUUUCCAAUGUUACCUUUCGACUUUUAUGUUAUGUUUCGAUUUUUUCUAAUCCUUUUAAACUAAAACAAACAUUACUUCGCCAGCGGAAUUUGAUACAAUGUUUCUAGUUAGGCGCAAUUGUAACAAUUGUAACAGAAAUGUUUUCGGGCAUGUUUGUCCCUGGUUGAAGUGGUUGACAAUUUAAAAACAUCGGACGGAGAAGGGCAGGUGUUUCCUUAAUGUGUUUGUGCUUUAUUAUUUCCUAAAACCAAGAUCUUAGUUGAAUUCAUCUUAAUGGUGAUCUACAAUUGUGGCAAACAGUAGCCAUCCGGGGAAGAGAAAGAGAAUUGUUUUGAAUAAUGAGGAAAACCAAGGGUAAAAAUUAUAAGGGAAAAGAAAGUCAAUAUUUGUGGGCAUCGUCGAGAAACAGACGGUUCGUGAAAACAAUAUUCUACAAUAUUUUGUUCUCUUUCUGUAGAAAAUUUUCCACCAGUGAUAGUAAGUGCUUCGGAUGUAAUAAAUGCAACGCUUGAUGGCAAUGUUCAGUUUAAUAUUACUGCGCAGGACGAAGACACUGUAAACUUUGAAGUCAUUAACAAACCUGAAAGUGCCACUAAAAAACAAAGUGGAAACGUGCUGUACUUUUCUUGGAAUGUAACGUCGUCACAAAAGGUACAUAACUUUACACAAAAAUCAGCGCAGCCUGCGAAAACAUCCGUUUCUCCUCGCUCUUCGCCGCUGGGGACGUUUCGCGCAGGGGAACGUCUGCGACUCAGCGACAGAAAUUCCAUACUGAUGACGUAUAAUCUGUCCGGAAUCCGGUCAGAAGCGCUUGUUGGUUGACAGGGUAGUUACAUUGUUUUAGCUAUUGUUUACGAAUGACAGACAGAAGACUACAAAGGUCAAAUGUAAACACGAAGAAUCUCGAGCAAAACAGUCAAUAUUUGUGGAAUAUACUCUUCUCUAGAAGAAGCGUUUGAGUUUUGCUGGAGCUCGUUGGCAGAUGAACACAACACUUUAUCAAAAUCGACCAGAAGACACGUAAAAUUGGACAAAUUUGUAUUUGGAACCCCAUGACCACCGGAAUUAUUAUGUAAACAUUGAUUUGCGUCAUCAGUGUGGAAUUUCUGUCGCUGAGUCGCAGCCGUUCCUCCUCGCGAAACGGCUCCAGCGACGAACAGAGAGGAGAAUCUGCUUCAAGAACAUUCUUUGAGUUGUCACGCAACGGUCCACGGAGGAUGAUCGUUGCGUGACGACCCAAAGAACAGCAGGGACUAGGGCCAGUGUUACGAAAGCUAAAGCGCGCUUAAAAGUUUGUGAGGUGCUUUGGUUUAUAGUAUCGCUAAGUAUUCUUAUUGGUUGUUUGUAUUUUGGCGAGCCCGUAACACGACUCAAAUAAACAACAUGUAAGACACUCAACGAUACUUUAAACCAAAACAACGAGUGGCGUAGAUUAUAGGAAAGAAGGAGGAGAGUUGACUCUAACCGCUAUUCGUAGAAUGUUCGGGCAUGAAGGGAACUAAUGAGAAUAAAAUUAAUGGAAGUUAUUUGUGGUAUUAAACGAGGCGGGGGGAGGCUAUAUCAGCACCACCUCAACAAUCACAGACUUGUUUUUAUGACCUCAGUAUGAACUCCCUCAACCAUAGACACAGCUUAUUUCCCAGGUUCUCUUUCUUAGCGGUAGGGAUGGAAAGGGGAGGCCCCUGGGAACGAGGUUGCCAUAGACGAAGGCAAUUGCCCUGGAGUCCGGGGGGAGUACUUCCUAGUAGUAGGCUAAUGGGUAUGUGUCGCUGGAUGGGGUAGCAUUUUCACGACUGGAUUAACUAUUAUGGGGUUACUUUUUAAGAGUUACUAGAAUGGGGUCGCACAUUUUCAGGAUUUUGGGGGUCAGAAAAUUCAGGUAACUAGAGAUUUAAAAAUAGAAAGUCUUACACCACAUUAAUAUCAAAUGUGUCAGUUCAUUUCAGGCUUUAUAAGGUACAUGUAGAUGAAUAAACAGAAAGUUGGAAUUGCAAAAAUUCCUUUUUUUUUCCCAAAGUGACUGAGAUCGGGGUCUGUAAUAUGGCCGCAGAAUUGACCAUAAAGGGGUAGGGACACUGAGAGGGUUUUUCAAGCUUAUCGAGUUUGUAUGAAGGUGUUUACUAUGACAAUCCGGAAUAAUCUGCAUAUUUGACGAUGAUAUUACCAACAAAAGAUUUUUUUCCAGUAAUUUAUACUUUAAAGCUCGUAGUUAACGAAAAUGAAAAUCUUUAUUCAAACUGCUGUCACAACCUAGCCAAAAAAUUAAAUUCAGAUUUUUAAUUUUUGUUUUUGUUGUUACUUUUUUUGUCGCUUUUCUCUGGUCAGUUCAAUCUAUCAAUCGUUGCUACUGAUGACAAAGGUGCAAGCGCACUUUGGAAUCCAACAAUUAGGAUGUGCGCCUGCAACAACGAUGGACAGUGCAUAGAGCCAGAAGAGGGUGAUUCCAUCAACACCGACAUCAAGUUUAUUUACAUGGGAUGUGCAUGCCAAGGAGGUUAUACGGGAAGGUUCUGCGAAAGUGAAAUUGAUGCCUGCGAAUUGAAUGGUCAACCGUGUUACGAAGGAGUUGGAUGUAUUGAUCUUCCCCCACCAGCAAAUGUCAGUGGAUAUACUUGUGGGCCCUGUCCAACAGGAUUUACCGGAGAUGGCGCUCAAUGUUUAGGUGGGUAUGGCUAUUAUGAUUCAAUUUAUCCUCGGUUAAAAUUUUAUUUUCCUUUGAUUUUGAUUAUGUGCAUGUACGAUAAAGCGUUUAAAGAGAGAGAAAAAAUAGAGAAAUUAAACCAGGACCACAUAGCCGUGAAAAUUUAUUAAGCGUGCCAGUAUUACUUCAAGAGACCUCUUUAGAACGAAAUAAAGCCUAGUAAUGCAUCAGUCAAUUCCACCUGCGCCCAGCCCCCCCCCCCCCCGGGCUACUGCGGGGCAUUUGCCCGCCUUGUCAGUCCCGGGGGUGGAGCAUUUGCAAAUUUUGCACUGCCCGGGGGACGGGCAUUUGCCAACCCCCGGGCCAUUCUCGAGCUUUUGACACGCACGCGGUUUCCUAUCAGAAUAUAACUACACCGAAGGGUUUACUGGAAAAAAGCAGAUUGGCUCAUCUGUCAAUUAAGGAUAGGAAUAAAUAGAGGGAAUAAAAAUUCUCGAUGUAUGGCAUUUCUUCAUUGUUUACCAAGCCAGAAAAGAAUUACAGUGUUCUAUCGAUUUGAAUCAACGUUUUUGGUUAUUGAAUCAAAUUUCUGUUGAUAUUAUUUGAAGAACAUCUUUCAUUUUAUAAAACUAUUUAACAUAUAAGUUUACAGCACUCAGAAUUAAUGUCAAUAAUUUUAUAUCAAUACUAAAACCAUAAACUGGUGCAUGUCGUCGCGGCGUGAAGUCUUAAUUAGAAUCCUCGCGCUAUUACAAAGGAAGACGUUAAUUGCAAAAAAAAAAUCGCACAUUAAAAUGCUUAAAAUGGCACUCUUUGACUGUGCGAUCAAUGAAAAAUGUUGAAUUGUUGACGGAGGACGGGGCAUUUGCCCUCUUUUUUCGUCCCCACCUGGGGGAUUUGACAGCUCAAGAGUCCCCACCUCCGGGAAUUUGCCAAGGCAAAGAAAAUGCAAUGCCAGGGGGUCAGCCCGGGGGGGGGUGGGUGGCUGGGAGCAGGUGGAACUGACUGAUGCAUAAAUGCCCAUCUUAAAAGAAAAAACAGAGCCAGAAAAGAGAAAGAAGAAGGGAGGAGAGAAGCCGAAAAUUUGCGUUGUGCGUAAUGAAUACUUAACUUUAGCAUCAGGGGCUGAAGGCAGCGCAGACCAGAAAACGGCUCGAAUAACUGCGAAAGGCGUUACUUAAUUCUGGCAAAGAGAUGAAUUCCGAGCAGCUAAUGAGUUGAAAGAAUUAAAAAAAUUGAGUCCUUUCAGAAGGAAUAAGCACCUACCAUGUUGGGAAAUGCUGUAACAACAUAUUAAAGCGGUAUGCAUAUUAAAAGACUUUUAGUUAAUAGUCCACUUAAGGAAACUUCUCUAGUAUAUAACCUGUUAGCGUUUACAUUAUUGGACUUUUUCCUUAGACAUUGACGAAUGUCAAACAAGCAACUGCGAGCAAAUCUGUGUCAAUACACCGGGAUCCUACUAUUGUACUUGUUCCAAUGGAUUCACCAUUAAAGCGAAUAGACGCAGCUGUGAAGGUAUGGGACUUCCUACUAAGAUAACUUUGUUAGCACAUUCUUUUCACAAAAUGACCAAACAUUAUCCAAUUAAAAUUGGAUAAGUCUUUCCAAAAAGUUUUCAAAGGUAUAUUGUAACUUAGCCUCCCUCGCAGUCGUUUCUGUCUGUGUUGCGUGAUGAGACAAAAACGGCGACAGUGCAGCAAAUACAAAAAAGGCAAGGAUGGCCUUACAAACUUGAAAAAGAUUGCAAUGGAUUGCACUGAUUGUAGUUUUGUGGUUUUUAGCAUUGAUAUAAUGCUUCGGAAAUAUUUGGGACUUUUUUGGAAUAUUUGUUUGCCAAGAAGCUGUGACUGCGUUAUUUAAAAGUAAUUUCUUCGCUAACGUUUGUUAUCAUCGCGAAUGAAGACGCGUAAUUUUGACGUUGCCCCUUCGUUUAUCUGGGGAUGAAAGCCUGUUAAUGUUUCUCUUUGUUUAGAAACUGUAACGGACUCAUUUGGAUACACCCUAAAAAUGCGGACUAUGCAAUCAAUUACAUUGCCGGUAAACUAUUCGUGUUCUCAUUGGAAUGUCUUUAUUUACUGUAUAGAUAUCAAUGAAUGCGAGCCAUCAAAUGACUGCAUGCACCAGUGUGAUAACACGCCGGGAAGCUUUAACUGUUCAUGUAAUCAGUUUUUCGUGGUAGAUCCAACAGACUGGAGAAAGUGCGUGGGUAUGCAUCGUACUUCUUUGUUUGUAAUAGAACCUAUUUAUUAAUUUGCCAUGAGAGCUUUUCUGCUAAUAGCAAAAUUGAAAGGGUGAAUAUGUAACCGUUGAACCAAUGACGAGUGAUAAAAUCAAUGGGAUGAUCACAAUAGUUUUGUUUUUCUUACUUUUUAGCAACGAACCCCUGUUCUCCAGAUUUUGGCUGUGACCAUGUGUGUUUCAAGGAUGCUAAUAAUCAGCCAAACUGUGACUGUUUUGCAAACUUCGAACUUCAAAGGGAUGGAAAGACAUGCACAGGUACUCGAUAUUAUAGGGAUUCUGCUUUUGUGAGUAAUUGAGGCGCGAAUCAAAGUCGACUUGGCAGAGGUUUCAAUCAUGUUUCUUGACUAAGCACCCCUAAUGUUAUGCAUAGCAAAGAAUUUAAAUUAUUCAGGAUAAAAGUGGCAAAACAGUUAUUCAAGUAGUAAGGAGGGAUAAAUUCAAGAUACGUGUAAGUAUUGUCUUUAAUACCGACGAGAGAGGAUAGAGCUUUGUCCUCUCUUUUUGCCGAACCACCACCGUAACAACAUGCUUCUCGCAAUCGAAUAAUUGUAUCAAAUUCUUCCAACCCCUCUCGUAUUUGUAUCAGGCUAUGCAAACACGGAAAACGUUUCGUAUUCCUAAAACAUAUGAAUGGAUCCCCCGCUUUGACUAAGGGCUGUUGCAAGCAAUGCCCAGGGCCCGCGGAGCAGUUUUUAAAGUGCGGGGCCGGCGGUCAAACAACCACCUACUUUGAGGUGGGGGCGAGAGGAGCAAAUUUGGCUGUUCUCUCUUUGUGGCUGUUUAGAACUGUCAGAUUACUGAACCUUUCUUGAGUCAUUGUUGAGCGGAGUCAUGUUUAUAAAUUUCAAGCCGCUGAAAAGUACCUUUCUCCUGCUGAGCGUGAUUGCAGAUGAUGGAUCCACCACUAGAAGUUCGCAGAUCAUGAUAUUACACUGUAGGUUCCUGUAACCCCUUCAUUUUGUCUAGUAUGUUAUGGAAAUGCGUCAGAGACCACUUCAUCAGCCGGUAUAAUUCGGUUUAAGAAACCGUGGUUCGUGGAGUAGACUUCAGAUUUAAUCAAGACCUUCGUCAAAAAAGACUAUUCCGCAUCGCUGCAAAUGCUACAUAGCCUUGCUGAUUUUAGUUGAAAAUGCAGAGCUCUUGGACUAAGUGCAGUUUCUUGAAGUUAGGCAUUUUGAGGCUUGCUACGCAUCAGACUGAUGGGAUAAAAAGGGACCAAUAAUAAAUUUAGAUGCUGGAAGAUUCUUAUUCCAACAAAGAUACCAUUUUUAUGAAAAUGUAUAUUACAGUAGAAACUCUAUAACAAAGUCCUCGAUCUAACGAGCUAUUUUAUUAUUUUUUUUUGACUCCAGUAAUAUUAAAAUAUAAGGCAAUAUGAAAAAGAACCUCGUUAUAACGAACAUAUUUUGCCAGCCCCUUGGCGCUUCUUUAUAUAAAGGUUCCACUGUACUUAAUUUUAUUUAUUUAUUUUUCAAAAAGUGGGGGGCCCCUGGCCCCCCAGCUCCUCCCCCUGCGCGGUCCCUGAUGCCCCCUCCCUCCUAUCACUCCAAUAACCUAUCCUGAACAGGCUUCCGAAUGCUCUUUCUCGUGUAUACUAGAUUUUUCCUUACCCAAAAUCCAACUUUACGUAGAGACCAGACGGUGUAUCAUUCAAAGCACGAUAACCCAUUUCAGUGCGUAGCUUGUAGGUACGUGGGUCUCAGGGAACUCACAUUUUCACCACAAAAAAUGUACAGAAUCCAGAAUCAAUUUGCUGCAGCUUGUAAAUCUAGCUCGUUUUCACUCACCCACACGUCGCCGAGGCUUAAACACUAAGGGACGUCUUCUGUGCAUGUUAGCUCUUUAGAUGGGAUAUACUUAUAUUAAGCAUUUUUUUCUCAGACAUCAACGAGUGUGAUCCGGAUAAGCGUCUCCAUCGAUGUAGCCAUAUCUGUAAAAACAUCCCUGGAGGAUAUGAUUGCUCUUGUCCAGCAGGAUAUCGAUUAUCCGGCGAUGGGUACACUUGUGAUGGUAAUAUUUUGGUCUUUUUUUCCAAUAACAAAGUAAAAAAUUCAGUUCUAAGGAAGCGUUAAGGAUCACGGUUUUAGAGAGCAUAUCCACCUUUUUGUCUAUUUAACAAUUAUACCACGAGUGCGCGUUGAAUAUCGCCUAGCGCCGAGUUGGCUAUAAUCAUCUCAGUCAUAUCCAAAAAGCGCGAGUGGAAUAAUUGUGUUAUUAAAAACGCCCACAAAAUAUCGAGAAUCAGGCUUCCCGACUUUAUUUGUGUAAAAGAACCGAUUUUCAGUUUGUUGUUAAUUUUGAGCAGACCCGUACAGUUACCCUGUUUUGAGAGCAUGAUAUAAUAUACACUUAAUGUCAGAUCCCGAGGGAAACAGUUCGAGUCCUGAUGUUUCCCUCGACUUCGUCUCGGGAAACAUCAGGACUCUUGGGAAAACAAAACUAACUGGUUUCCCGAGGGACCUGACAUUAAGUGAUUUGUUAUAUUUCUAGACUUUCACUUCAACAGCAACAAAAGAAUAACCGGAGCGAACCAAAACAGUCGACUCGGUACUCAUAACAACACAAAUUUAAUUCUCAAAACCCCUGAAUGAAUGAUUUACAAACAAAAGUACUUUCCUCAUAUUAUCUGCAUCUUUUUCCUCCACUAGCUGCUAUUUUUCUUGUGGGAACUUCUAGGAUAACUUUAAAAAUCGUUGCUUUUUGGCUUGAGGCUUCGUUUUUGUGUUGUUGUAUUCAUUCACGAAAAAGAAAACUGGCAGGACCUGGCGGUGUUUUUCCCGCCUUCUGUCACACCACUUUCCACCAUGCUUUGAUCACGUGCUGCAAUGUAUCCCGAGCGGGAUACAUUGUUUAAUGUAUCACGAUCGGGAUACAUUUGAUUUUAGUCAAGGCCACGUGACCAAGAAUCAACCAAUGGCAGUCCCUGUUUAGUUGAGUGAAAGUCUAGGAAUAUAACAAUGGCUUAUAUAUCAGGAUAGCUAAGCCAGUCAGAGCUCUAGAAUUGCAUUAUCCAAUGAUUCAGUUUUUAGUAAGUCCAAAUCUCCCAUAAUACGCUUUGUUUAUUCCGCCUGCCCCCAAAUUAUGCAUAACCUUUUUUUUUUCAAAUGUUCCCAGUAGAACUGCAUAUUCCGUAGAGUACUAAAAAAAAACUUUAUGCAGCCUUUUUGGGGUGGGUUGGGGUAAACAGAGUGCAAUAUAGGGGAUUCCAAAAUAGUCAAUAAAGAUGUCCUUUAAGUUAGUGUUCAAUUAGCAAAAAACUGAAGCAUUCUACCGAUUUUUUUUACUUUGCAGAUAUUAAUGAGUGUGUAGAUGACAGGUUGUUUAACUGCACGAACACUCAAAGGUGCAUCAAUGACAUCGGUACUUACAGAUGUGACUGUGGACAGAACCUUUUCUUUAUUGAUGGACGAUGCAGAGGUAAUUUUGUAAUGGGGACACAUAUGGCCAAUUAUUUGACUUACAGUAUCUGUAUUAGACUAAAAUAACAAACGCUCGAUUAAAAAAAUUCCAAGAAGCCUUCUUAAGAUUGGAACUACAGUCACUUUCAGUAAAAUGUUUGUCGCUGAAGACGGGUGAAGAAAAUCCUCGACCUAAAUCGAAGCGAUGAUCUUCAGAACUCUAGUAAUCGUUAGCAUGAGCUAGAUCUGACUGGGAAAAAUCGUAAAAAGCUUUCAGAUAAUGAGUGUCCUUGAAUUGCCGGGUAUAGAGAUUUUUGCUAUUUAAGAUCUCAUGGCCACGGCCCGAAACCUUUUGAACAGUCGAAAGGGGCUUCACUGAACGAAGAAGAUAAGAAAGUUAAAACCCGCGACGUGAUAGUCAGCUUAUUCCUUAUAUGAUAUCUGCAUUCUAUUACAUUGCAGUUGGAAUGAUAAGACAUCUAUGUCUCCAAAUAGGAUUCUGAAUGUUGACUUAUCUUAUUUCCUCAAGUGUACAGAAUUUUUUCAUAGAUUUUAGAAAAUGAGAACCUGUUUCAAAUUUAAAGCUAAACAGGCUCUUGUAUUUAAGGGUCCUAACUGGCAAAUUUUAGCCUAACAGGUUCCUAAAAACCAGGUUCUUAGCCGUGCGUGUUUUUAACUGGGAUAAUUGUUAUUACGUCAUAGCUCUGGAGAUAAACGAGACAGCCCCUACCCCUCCGCUUGCUGAGCCGCGAACGCCAUCAGCAGAAGAACAACUGGAGGCGGUGCAGAUAACCAUUCUUUAUAAUAGCACUGUAAGUAUUUUUUCUUGUAUUAAUUGUUAGUAAUUGUGUGUCUUUCUUCAAACGAUUUAAUGCGAAGAAACAUAUACAUAUGCCAGUCAGAUUGCAGGGAUCAAAAUGGAUAUAAUAAAUCGCUAAUAUAAUGUAAUUUUUGUCGCACGAAAGCAAUAUGGCGGUGUCCAAGUUUUGUACCUUUCAGACUUACUUAUCGGGACACUAAUUAUCUUUUUACUCUCUGUUUACUUGUUGUUUGAUAGUUCAAAUGGGAUUAUACAACAGACCAGGCUUUUAAAGAAAUAAUGGCGUCCGUUGCGUCCGAAUAUUGUAAUGUGAACAGGACAGAAUGUGCAUUAACCGUUACACGGCAAGGAAGGUAACUUAGUAAUUAACGGAUCACGAAAGCUGUUGUAGUUUACUUUCAAGAUCUAGGUUGCAAAAGUUUUCCUGAUAAUUUGGUAAAACUAUCACUCAAAAGCAAAAUGGACAAGUUUGUUAUCCCGCACAUUUUUUCUUUAGAUUAAUAUUUGUGUGUUUGAUUACAGGCUCGAAAAGUUACGGACGGGACUUUUUGAGACACGGGCCCCCUGUGUGCCUUCACCUAGUUUACCUCUGAACGCCGGCUUCUGCUUAUUAACACGAGAGAGCGUGUUUCAAACGAUAUCUAAACACAAAUAAUUGGGUGCAGUAAUAUCCGACGUUUUCUAAGUCGACUUUUUAAAGUUAAUUGUUAUUUAAGAAAUUAACUGCGAUAAUUUAUUAGUCCCCACGCUGCUGUUUUAGUGUUUUCAUCGUAGAACACUUCGGGAGGAACAUUACGCGACGACACAAAACGGCUACGAGUAAUACUAAUAAUUCAUUUAUUUAUUAUUUACUUAUUUAAUGAAUUAUGACAAUAUUAAUUGAUUGAUUGAUUGAUUGAUUGAUUGAUUGAUUGAUUGAUUGAUUGAUUGAUUGAUUGAUUAAGUCAUUAAUACGUUUUUUGUUUUUUUUGUCUUUUUUUUGUUUUUUUUUUUUUUCAUUUCAUCAGAAUCGACCUCUAUUUAUCUUUGCGAGUUCAUCUUCUCCCCGGUUAUCCUAAAAACGCUUCGGGUACUUUUCUCGUCGCUUUUUACGUUCAGCAGCCAGCGGGACUUUUUAUUGGAAACCAAUCAGUACUCCCUAGCAGCGCACUGGUUGAAAUUAUUCAACUUUAUGAACGACAGAUUGAAGCCGCAAUUGGCGCCAAUAUAACUGGUGUGGAAUCUCUUUUCAAGCCUACAUCCACACCUACAGAUAUGCCUGUCGGACCAACCAGCAGUAGUGAUGACACCGUGUGGAUUAUAAUUGGUGUUCUUGGUGGACUGGUCCUUCUACUUUUGAUAAUUUUAAUUGUGAUGUUUGUGCAUAGAAGGUAA